UGCGGAUUUUUGUGUGAAAAAAAUAUUCAACCCAUGCAAAGAGUAGAAACAACAAAGUUUUCUUUUAUUUUUUUUAUUUUUUUUUGGAUUCCCAGCCUUUUUUUCUAAUUCUUUUUUUCCUUUUUGUUUCCUUUUUACUUUUUUUUUUUUUACUAGGUCUUUUUUUUUUUUAUUAAUAAGGAUACUCAACGUUUUUUUAUAUAUAUUUGUUGACUAUGUCUGCUUAUUCUACCAACCGCUUUGGAGCAUUGCUCUUAGGUGAAGAAGAAACUGAGGUUGACAAGUUAGGGAAUACCAAACCCUCUGACAAGGAAGAUACUAGACCAGUACGACCUCGUCGUACACAUCAACCAGCUAUGUCACCCCCUUCUCGACGCGCUCGUGGAGAUCAUGAUACUUUUGAAACCUUACACAAAGAACAACAUCAACCCGAUGAUCGUGAACGAAAAGGAAGAGAUGCUUCUCGUCGUCAUGGUAUCAUACCUAAUGAACGUGGUCGUGUUUUUGAUCGACGUAGUGGAGAAGUUGGUGCACUUGGAACCAAGAAGAAAAAUGAACAAAGUUGGGGUCAUCUAGGUCAAUCUCAAAUAGAUGCUUAUGGAGAUACACCUGCACCUAGUGAUCCUGCUGGAGAAGGAAAUCCUGAAUCACCAGCACCAGAAGAAGAAAGUAAUGUGAUGACUUUGGAUGAAUACAGAAAAAACCAUCCUGCAGCUAAACCGUCUUUACCACCUCCUCGUGAAGCCAAUGAUGGACAAGAAGAUCCCAAAUGGAAGGAUGGGAUUAUAGUACAUCGUGCUGAUGCUGAUGAUUAUUAUUCUGGCAAGGAAUCAACAAACAAGACCCGUAUAAGAACCAAAAAGGAAAAAGUAUUUAUUGAUAUUGAUCCACCAAGACAUCAACCUACUCGAGGACGAGGUGGAAGAAAUGAUAGAAGUCGAGGUAAUACUGGUAGACGUGGUCGUGGACGUGGUGGUGGUAGAAAUCAACAUAGUGUCAAUCUUUCUGAUGCUAGUGCUUUCCCAACCCUUGGUUAGUAUCUGUUUUAGUUUAGUUUUUUUUUUUAUAGUUUAUUCAUUAUAUAUAUAUAUAAAUAUAUAUAUAAAUAAAAUAAGAUAAAUAAACUGAUGACGAAUGAAAUGUU